AUGCACUUGAGAUUAAAUUUGAAAAACUUCACAGAACCCCCGCAUGGUAAUCGAGAAUCUCUUCAGGAAGGAAAAGGGAAGAAAAGUGAAACUUCACUCAAAAGAAAAGGUUCUCCCAGAGGAAAAUCUCCAGGAGGGAAAGUUCCAGUAAAGAAAUCACCUGCUGACUCUACAGAUGUGUCACCUGCUCCAGUAGUGCCACCCCCACCUAAGCCAGGAUCAGAAGAAUGGGUUUAUGUGAAUGAACCAAUUUCUGAGGAAAUACGAUCAUUUUUAGUACCUUACUGGAAACUGAUAGAAAAUUCCUAUAUAAAUUCCAUCAAAACAGUACUCAGGCACCUGAGAGAAGGCCAGCAUAUGGUGAUUGCUUACUUAUAUGAUAUUAGGUAAGUAAAGUUUCCAAAGUUACAACCGUGUAGU